AUGUUCUCGGCGAGUACACCACCUGGACUGAGCCCGUAUACGUCAAGCGUACCCGUUGCAGACCCCAUCCAGUCACCCAUGCUUCACCCAGCGCAGAAGCGUCCAAGAUGCGAAGAUGAAUCGCAAGAAGCGCUCGCAAAGCGCGCCCGCAACGACUCCAUCACGACCUCGCAAGAGCAGCGCUACAACGACCACAAGCCCGCAAUCGAAGCCUGGUGCAAAGCACAGCAGACGCACCCCAAAGCACGUUGGUACGAGAAACUUCACGCUUGGGAAACGAAUGGCUGUCGCGACGUGCGACGCAAGUCGCCCGCAACAACAUCGCCGCCAACUCCCUUACCCAUCACACAAACCCCCGGAAUGGAUUCGCCCGCCGAGAUCCUCAACACCCGCCGCCAAUGGGGCGACGCCAAACCAGACUGUCACGUACAUCCCCUCGACAAAGCCGAAGUCCCGGAAUAUCCCACCGAAGACUCACUCGCGAACUGUACAAAGAGGCCAGAUGGUUUGUACAAAUGCUUGCAUCCUGAGGGUAGCCACCACAAGUGCUGCCGCGAGGGUCUUACAGAGAAGAACAAGAAACAUGCUAUUGGGAAGCAGAUCCGGGCGUGGAAGAACAAGGUUGAGGAGAUGGUGCUCAAAGGGGAGUUGCAUGUUGCGCAUAAGACGUGGGGGGAUUGGAAUAAGAAGAGUAAGGAGAGUUAUGGGGGAGAGGUGGGGAGGUUGGAUGGGGUGUUGGGGCUUUUGGGGGGAGGGCUGGGGAGGAAGGGGGGAGGGGGGAUGGCUGUGUCGCCUGCUCCGAGGACGACUGGGACGCCAGUUCCUCUUCCUGCGGCGUUGCCUGCUCGGAGGACUCCGGUCGAAGCUGCCCGUCAGGCUAGUCCACAGGGAUAUGCGCCACAGCCAUUCGUUCCAUCCGCGUCACCGACUCAGCAGAUGUCCCCGUUGCAACAGAAUACACCCGCACACGCGACAUCGCGGCAGUUUCAGCAUCAGUCCCCACAACAGCGGCCAGUUCAACAUCCAGUCAACACGGGCAGUAUAGCUGCAUACCGAGGUCAUCCAACAUCUCUGGCGCAACCUCAAGUCCAACAUACCUUCACGAACACGCCGACCCAACAUCUCACUCCCUCGACCAUAACAACAAGUCCCGCUCCAGCAGCAAAGCGUCAAGCCGGCGAACCUGCAUUUGGCUACCAUGAAUUGCCUCCAAAUGGACCACAUCGACAGCAGGAACUUGCCAGCUUCUCUCCUCAGCGCAGGUCGCAGGAAGGUGCUGUGAUUGCGUCUGGAGCAGUGCCUGUGGUGACUCCAUAUGUGCCGCAACCUUCGCCGCCACUGGGUCAGGCACUAUCGCCAGUCGCAUCGAACCAUCCUAGCAAUGGAUACAGGCUGCCUCAGUCUAUAAGUCGAGAGCAAGAGCAGCGCCAACCGCAACAGCAAGCUCCGCCGCAGGUUCAAAAUGCUAGACAGCAGCAAGCUGAUGUCCAGCUGCCACCGUCAGGCGCGACGACAAACCAUGCGGUGAUAACACAUCCAGCGCCCACCCAGAUGGCUACAAGCCCGGGUACCAAGCCACAGCGCACUUCCGCUUCCACCCUCACACCGAAAAUGUCCUCCACCACUCACACACUCUCGCCGGACAAGUCUUCCACGCUUGCGGCUUCAUCUCCUGCGAAGGCAGAGCCUGCUGUCGACUACCGACCGGCGGCGAUGCGCAUGCUGCAACAGCAGAUCAAAGACCAUGAGCCUAUUGUGCUUGGUGGGCUGAAGAUCACCAGGGAUGAUGUGAACAGCAAUAUGAGUGGCUGUGUGGGAAGACUGGCGACGGCAUUGCGGGCAGAAGCCGAAGAAGUUGCAAAGAAGGAGGCAGAGGAAGCUGCGCGGAAGGAAGCCGAGGCAACUACGCGGAAGAAAGCCGAGGAGACUGCGCGUGCCAACUCGAAGAACGCUUCUUCAGGCCAAGCUGAAACUACCGACGAGAUUGCGGCUCUCACGGUCUCAAACGAUAACGAAGGCCACGAACUAGACUACCUCUUCUCCGACUCCCCCAUCGACCCCACGCACAGCCACCCCAUCGACUUCGGCAACCCAAACGACUAUCUCUUCGACGACAGCGCUGAUAGCAAUGAAUGGAUUAUGCCCGACCUCCCACCCAACUUCGGCAAGAUGGACCUUAUCGGAAUGACGCAACGGGCCUUUGAAGAAGAAUCCUCACCCUCACAGCCACAAGAGGAGCCUCAGCCUGAGCAGGAAGUCGACACACCAGCCGACCUGAGCUACCCCGAAGCGUGGUUCAUAGAAGAUGUCGAGGACUUCGUGACCAGUGGACCGCUUCCGGAGUGGAUGCUACGGCCUACGACGGACUUCACUUUGGAGAAGAUGCAAGUGGAGGGGUUUGAUGGAGAUUCGGGGAUGCCGGGGGAUCCGGAGGAGUGGGUGCAGGCGAGCAGGGCCUGGCAGAAAGAGAAGAAGGCGGGUGCGAGUUGA